CGUGCGCAUUGAAUCCGGGUCAGCUGCUGCCUCGGGACUGCAGCUGCGAAGGGCCGGGGAGCGCUGGGCCCCGUCUCUACCGCCGACCAAGGGCAGCGGGCUCUGCCCGGCGCCUCUUUCUGCGACCUGGCCGUCAGCCCCACGUCGCCGGCCUGGAGGGGCAAAGAAGACGAGGGGGCCGCGGCUUCCUCCGGGGACCUCGGCUGCCUGGAUUGCCAGGAGCUGGAAGUUGACAUUGAAUCCAGGCUGAGAAUGGAAGGUGUGGAGCUGAAAGAAGAAUGGCAAGAUGAAGAUUUUCCAAUACCUUUGCCAGAAGAUGACAGCAUUGAAGCAGAUAUACUAGAUGUAACUGGUCCGGAUAGCCAGCCUGGCUCACUAGAAGUUAAUGGAAACAAAGUACGUAAGAAACUAAUGGCUCCAGACAUCAGCCUGACUUUGGAUCCUAGUGAAGGCUCCAUGUGGUCGGAUGAUUUGGAUGAAGGCGGGGAGGUUGACCUGGAAGGCUUAGACACCCCAUCAGAGAACAGCGAUGAGUUUGAGUGGGAAGAUGACCUUCCCAAACCCAAGACUACUGAAGUCAUUAGGAAAGGCUCAGUUAGUGAAUACACAGCCACAGAAGAGAAAGAUGAUGGGCGCCGCUGGCGCAUGUUCAGGAUUGGAGAGCAGGACCAUAGAGUGGACAUGAAGGCAAUCGAACCCUACAAAAAAGUUAUUAGCCAUGGAGGCUAUUAUGGGGAUGGUUUAAAUGCCAUUGUUGUAUUUGCUGUCUGUUUUAUGCCUGAAAGUGGUCAGCCUAACUAUAGAUACCUGAUGGACAAUCUCUUUAAAUAUGUCAUUGGCACUUUAGAGCUAUUGGUAGCAGAGAACUACAUGAUCAUUUACUUAAAUGGUGCGACAACUCGAAGGAAGAUGCCCAGUCUGGGAUGGCUCAGGAGAUGCUACCAGCAGAUUGAUAGACGAUUAAGGAAAAACCUAAAAUCUCUAAUCAUUGUCCACCCCUCUUGGUUUAUCCGAACACUUCUGGCUGUUACAAGACCAUUUAUCAGUUCAAAAUUCAGUCAGAAAAUUAGAUACGUCUUUAAUUUGGCAGAACUGGCAGAGCUUGUUCCCAUGGAGUAUGUUGGCAUACCAGAAUGCAUCAAACAGUAUGAAGAAGAAAAGUUUAAAAAGAGACAAAAAAGAGUUGAUCAAGAGCUUAACGGAAAACAAGAACCACCAAAAAGUGAGCAGUAAGUUACUGCCCAGACAAGACAGAGCGCCGGGCAAGCGGGGCUGUAGUGCAUCGUGGCACACUCACGGCUCGCGUUUUUAUGCAAUCGGUUACAUUUACUUGACUUCUUUCCAAAUGGACUCUUGUAACAAGGGAAUGUUUGCCAUUGUCAUGGUUUGCAAUUGUUGAAUUUAGCUCUUUAAUGACUAAUUAUAUUGUAAUCAUUUUAUAUUGCUAAAUAGCAGAGAACUACACUUUAUAUAAAGCAAUUUUGCAUUUGUUUAUUUGAAUGAUGCAUCUUCAGUAAAGUAUUUAUAUACAUAAAUGACAAAGGAAAGAAAUAAUAUAUAUAUAUUUUUAUGUUGGGGCAAUAUUUUUUAGUGUGUACCUUAUCUCUUGGAAGAAUAUACAGAUAAAUAAGACCACAACUUUAAAUGUAAAGUCCAUGUAAGACUUUGUUUUUUUGUAAAUGGUUGGAUAGUUUUCUGGGUAACUUAGGCUGGGGCAGGGACGUGGAAACUGGCACUAAGAGGUACCUAAGGUCGUGCAUGUGAUCUAGUCAGGAGUGGUGGCUCACGCCUCUCCUCACCUCAAAGCACAUUGCUUCUUAAUGUGGCUGAAGUGCAGGCAGGUCAACUUGCCUCUCUAAAGAUAUGUUAGAACCAGAACCAGAGAUGUCAAGAAGCUAGUAGUUAGUUCUGUAUAUAUGUAUAUAAGGGACAUUUUAUUUUACCCAAAGUCAGAACUGUUUUAAAAAAGAGGAAAAGAAAGAUAGAAAGAGAACUCUCAGGAUGUGCAAACUAGUGUGAAGUGAGUUGCAUUCAUGUGUGUGAAGCUGUGAGGUGUUGCAGAGGCCAUGAUGAGAGCUGACGGGGCUGCUUUUGAAGUGCUCUCAUGCAGGGCGCUUGACCAGCGUAUUCCCUCGUCAGUUACUUGACCAGGCAGAUAGGUGUUCACGUGUGUUGGAUGGCGUGGCAGUGCUGUGCGUGGCUCGAGUCUGCGAGUAGCGAAGCUCUGGUGGUGUGUUCUCAGGGUGACGUUUGCUGUAGGGAAGCCUUUACUUCAUGUGGCUAAGGACCUUGACUGGACACUGAAAUAAAUAUUAUUUGUGCCUCCAAGCAGGGUUUAAUUUCCUACAAAAUCAUUCUAAACUGAACUUGCCUGGCCUAUCAGCUUGUGUAUGUCCGUCCCUGUGUCAGCUUCACACCACCUAGCCCUUUCUGUAAGCGGUUAACAAGAGUGACCUAUCAGAACAGAAUUGAAGCAGAUGUGAAGUAAGCGUGGGUUAUGCCAUCCCAAGCUGAACACAGUCCUUCACCAUUGUCAGUUUGACCUAAACUUCUAUUGCAAAAGGGAAUUUUUAUUUAUGCUUUUGUCCUUCUCAGGCAUAAAUUUGACCUGCUAAGUUAAACUAGUUACAGUCAAGCCUGAGGACUCUGGGUAAAACAUUCUUCCACAAACACUCAGCCUGGAUCUAACACUCAAGGCAGAUCUUACACUACUGUCAUUGCAGUACAUUGAGCCAGAACCAUUUGACUGUGUUGGUGAAGGAAAUCUUGAGAAUAACUCUAUAGAGCCAGCUAUGAUGAUUUGUGUCUUUAAUCCCAACACUUAGGAGACAGGGGUUGACAGAGCUCUGGAAGUUUAAGGUCACCCUGGGCUACAUAGCUCCUUUGACAUCCUUCUUAACUUACCCAAGAAUCAUGAGUAGCUUGUAGAAUUUCUUAAGCCUCACCUCUCUCUGACUCAGAAUGGGCUCAGCUUUGUUGUUGGCUUUCUUCCACAUUAAGUACUUUGAUCUUCAAUUUCAAAAUACAGACAAUAGCUGCAGCUUUUUCUUGUGUUUACUUUUUACAGAAGUAGUUGUAUUUAUAUUUGUAAUUUUUUUAAAAAUAGAAGUAGCCUAUAUUCAGUUAGAACAUUAAAGUUGAAGAGGGACUGGCUCAGUGGUUGGUAGAGCGCUUCCAAGUUUAGUUCCCAUGCUUGCCUGUAAUCAUGGUGCUGGGAUUUGAUGCACUCUCUGGCCUCUGGGCACCUGCAUGUGCACACACUUCUUGCUCACACACACAAACUAAAUCUUAAAAAAAGAAUAAAAUUCAGAAGGGACAGCCAAGUAUUAUGUCAUAUGCCAAGCACUAGGGAGUCUGAGACAGGAGAAGUUUAAGUUUGAGACUCACCGGGGCUACGUAGCAAGCUCUUGACUGAAGAAGAAAAGGGAAACAGUGCUAACGCUUGAAUUAUGGGAAAAACUGCUUUAACCUGCACUUGAGUACAAUGUGGUAUAGAGAUGUGCCCUCAGUAAAUGUAAACAUACAUGUAAGACUGGAUUGAUAAAUAGUAGGCUAGAGAAGAAGCCAUAUUGAUUUUUUAAUUGGUAACAAUGUAGCAUCUUCCUGCAUCGUAUUUUAAGUUUUAUUACUAAUUAAAGUGAAAAGUCAAAACAGUUCUUUGAUUUUGCUGGAGUCUUGGAUAAACUUGACAGGCUUAACUUAUGUUAGCGUCUCUGUUACACUUUGGCUCCAGUUGCCCCCUUUGUGUCAAGUUUUUUUAGAAAAAUAAUGUGGUUCUGUGUUCUGCUUGAUUGUGUUCCUGAAAAAGCACCAAGGGAAGCCAGGAAGUCUCUGCCCCACAUGGAAGCCUUUAACUCCAGGAGGGAAGAGGUGCCAGCAAGUGUGGUGCCAAGCAGAGAUAAAAUAAGAAAAGGGGCCAUUACAGAUAGACUCAGCUGUCAACCACAUACCACCAGAAGUGUCCCUCCUAAGGAAAGUACUCUGUACGGCAGUGGGUGGUUUCAUUUCCUGUAUCUACAGAGAACAGAUCACAAAAGGUGAGGCUUGAAAAGGAAGCUGCUGAUGGCCCUUGUGAUGACAAUCUUGUUCUCCUGUCCUUUGCAUCUUCAGACAGAAACAGGUCUGAACAGUGGCCUAGCAGCUACAGUGUCCAAGUUGAAAGCCAAUACCACCCUUCACAAUUGGUGAACAUUAAUGUUGGCUUCUGUGCCAAGUGUCAUGAUUUAACCUCACCAACUCCUUGACAGUAUUCUUCCUGAGGACUUGGGUCAUGUCACUGCAGCCAUUUAUGUGAGUGCUCAGGGAAUUUGAAGAAACAAUCUCAUGUAGAAGUGUUGGGAAUUAGCUCUAGGAUACAUGUAGAGCAGGCCACUUUCUUGAUAGAAUUGGUAGAUCUGUAUGAAAGGUCACAGUAGCUUUGGCAUUCUUUGUCCUGUGUUAUAAAUAGAAAAUUGUUGGGUGGUGGUACACACCUUUGAUCCCAACCCUCAAGAGGCAGAGGCCAGCAGAUCUCAUGAAUUUGAGAACAGCCUGGUCUAUAGAGUGGGACAGCCAUGGCUACAUAGAGAAACCUGUCUUGAAAAACCAAAGGUGGGGGAGGGUAGAAAAUUGUUAACACUGUUAGAUCACAUACACAGAGAUGGUCGACUACAGAGGUGGCCACUCCAUUCUGCUCUGGUUUUAUUGUGUGUCUCCCCCACUCCCCAUCCCCCUGUUUUCCUUAGACAUUUCAGAAAUGGAUCAAAUUUUAGAGAGCUGGCAUAAGAAAAAUCCAUGUAUUUAACAGGGUAACAACACUUGUUCUAGUGAGAAUUUAUCCUGUACUAGGGAAUGGGAAUUGUGUAGUGAACAUUGCUAAGACCACCAAGAACUCAUAGAGCGCCAGGGCAUUGUGUGCCCAGUCUUCUAAGCUAGUACAAAAUGAUCUAUCGAAGGAGCCCUUCACCUUCAGCUCCCCUUCUGAAAGUGAAUGAAUUCAGAAUCAGAUCAGCAGAAGGCAAUUAGUGAAGCUUUAAAAUUCUAAAUGGUAACUGAAACAAAAUAAUAUGUGGAACAGUAAGUUAACUAUAGUUUGAAUAGGACAGUUUGUUGCUAUUAUAUAUAAUAUGUAAUGCCUGUGGUACCACAUUUAAAAUGCAAUGAGAGAUUCCCAUACAACACUUGAAAUCAAGCAUCAGAUAAAAACCAAUAGUUUUUGAGCCAAGCAUGGUGGCAUGUGCCCUUGAUUCCAACCCUGAAGGCUAAGGCAGGAGGAUUGGGAGUUUGGAUCCAGUCUAGAUUACUUAGGAGAUUCCAGGACAACCCAGAUUCCUGCCCUGGGUUUAGGAAUGGUGGUGGAGCAACACAGGGCAUUCAGAUUAGUUUAAAAAUGAUACUCAGCUAUUACAGAUAGCUGCCUAAGAUUUCCUACAAUAGUUUAAAACGUUGGAAUUUGAAGCAUUUGUGUAUUUGAUUAUCCAGUUUUACAAGAGAACUCGGAAACUCUCUGCUAUUCCACUGCACCUUUGUGUAUAGACUUCCCAAGGCUGAUGUCCUAACAGCUGUUUCAUUGUUUACUUACAGAAACCUAGCUAGGAAAUACUGAUGUUCAGGACUGCCGGCUUGCACAGGCUAGCCUCUGUGGUGCUGUUCACACAGAACACAAUUCAGAGUUCAUCAGACACUGUUGCACUUUGACUCAUACUUCAGAAGUAUUUUCAUUAUGAGCUCACAUGCUGACAGACAAAAUUAACUUACUGUGACCUUUUUGCUGUUUGUAGAUGUUAUGUAUUGAGUCUAGUACUGCCAGUUCAGUGAGAAUGCAGCCUGAUAAUGUGUCUGUAGGAUCCAGGCAUGGUUCUGGUUAAUGAGAAGCCCCGACCUGCAAAAUGUUCUGUUUUCUCUUCCUUUGACUUGUUAUGAACACAGUGAUGCGUCCUGAUAUGACGCACAUAUUACUGCCACAUUAAUGCAUUUUAAUAAAAUAGCUGGACUAUA